GGACAGUCACAAUGAUAUGCCACAGCCAUCCCACAGCGCAAUUAAUAUUGUCAAUGCAUGAGUAGUAAACAUGUUAGAACGGUGAGAGAUCGUGUGGAUCCUUCAUGUGAUGUACACUAAAUUGGUGGUGCAUGGGCAUCAAUAGACAAUGCUUAAAUUGAGGAUCCACAAUGUCUCACCAAUACCAAAUAACUGCACAGGCCGCUAUCAAGGUUAAGAGUUGAACCCAAUGGAAGAAAUGUGACAUUACCAAGCCCUCGAUUCACAACAGUGCUUGACAAGCAAUGUAUUUCCCCUUCCCUGCCAGGAGCUAUGCAUCAUACCGCACUGUGAAUCCGGCACCUCUGCGAACUCCCGAUGCUGCGUUGUCCCGAGCUGCAAAUUCAGCAUAUAUAUACACUCAAGAUGUUGCAUCAUACCGCGCUGCCGAUCAAGUAGCCCUGCAUCCACGUGCUCCACUUCUAGGAGCACCACCGUCAGACGAUCCGAAUCACCUCCUACCAUCGCGUCGCCCCUCAUACUCCUCGAUUACACAACCUGUGCUCAACUCUCCUAGUUAUUACAAAUCAAUGGAAGCGUUGGCUAAACAAGAGGCCACUAAGGCAGCACCAGCACUUUUGCUACCUCCUCAUGUUGCCUCAGUGUCGUCUUCCGGUAGAUCCAUCACUGCGUCUUCUGGACCAUCCACAGGACGGUUGGCGUCUAGCACUGAGUUAGCCCUUUCCUUUCCGACCGAUAGUAGACAACGUGCGAAGUCACAAUACACCAUUGGGGACAAGAUGCUCCGGCACCAAACUGUUCAUCGACAGACCCACCAACCCCUUGUUCAUCAAGCACCUGCAACUAUAUACCAACACCUGAUGUCGAAGGUCGUCGCACUGAUCGCUGCCGUCGCAGCAGCACGUGAAGAUCCCAGGAGAUCCUGUGGUACCCAGUAUGGGUUAUCGCAAUUAAGGACUGGAUAUUUUGCAAUUCGAACACCCAUACAGUGGCGUGCAACAUUGCACCGCAAUAGGUCCUAUCACAUCAGUACAUCAUCGACACGCGCAAAGAGCCACAAAAAAGUUGGGUUAUCCCCGAUUUUGCUCAGGUCCUGCAGCAUGUGGAGACUGAGCGCAACGGUAACCGCAAGGUCGGACGUCGAAAGGUGAUUCCACUGGUGGAGAACAAGCCAGAAAAACCAAAGAAACGAUUUCUCCCUGCCCAAAAUCCUUUCCGGGAUGUCAACGACCAGAUCCGCCAGCAAGCAGCCUUUGCUUUCAUGACAGAUGCCAGCCUGGACGGGAUCGGCAUGAUCAUUGCAUUUGGAGCCUGUUGGAAAUAUCUCGAGUUCGAUCGUCCACCAAAUUCUUAAUUGAGGACAUGGACGGAGUACGGUGGAGUGGGCCUAGAGGCCCACUUGAGAGAAGUGACUUCAAGCCUCACACAAUGGAGGUGCGAUGGGUG